UUUCGUUCCACACCAGACAACUGCGGUCGGCAGGCAACAGAUUGCCUCAAUAACUGUCUCCACCACCAUUUGGACACGCCAAUUUGCACCACCUGCGGGAGGGACCCUUUGGAAUAUCACCAAUUUCUCGGAAACGACCCGGAAUCUAGCUAUAUAAUCUGUUAUCUGGUACCUCGAACCCAAGGCCAAUCUUGCUCUCCAACCAUGUCCGGAACUUCAACGCCAAUGUCAGAGAAACUAAGGAAGGGGCCAGAUCCUAUCCUUCUGACUCUUUUUGCAAACCGCUUCAUGAGCGUAGCGGAAGCAAUGGGUCGUUCGUUGCAGCAAACUUCGAUCAGCACCAAUAUCAAGGAGCGCUUGGAUUUCUCCUGUGCACUCUUCGCUCCAGAUGGCGAUCUCGUUGCCAAUGCGCCAUUUAUCCCUAUUCACCUCGGUUCUAUGAGCUUUGCGGUGAAAUACCAGAUGAAAUUACAUGGAGAGACCCUGAAGGAAGGAGACGUUCUGAUGACGAAUUCUCCGCAUGCCGGUGGCUCACAUUUACCCGACAUUACUAUCAUUACACCGGUCUUCGACACUGAGACCAAAGAGAUCAUAUUUUUCACUGCGUCCAGAGGCCAUCAUGCUGAUAUUGGCGGAAUUCUUCCUGGUUCAAUGCCCCCGACUUCCGUGAAUAUUUUCGAAGAAGGGGCGAAUAUCGAGAGCUUCAAGAUAGUCGAUGGCGGUGUUUUCAAUUCCCAGGGACUCUAUGAACACAUGGUCGAAAAGCCGGCGCAGUACCCUGGAAGCUCGGGUUGCAGAAACAUCCGGGAUGUGGAGAGCGACUUGAAAGCCCAAAUCGCUGCAAAUCACAAAGGAAUCCAGCUGAUCCACCAGAUUGUCAACGAUUAUGGCUUGAAGACUGUGCAGGAAUACAUGUACCAUAUCCGAGCAAAUGCCGAAAUGUCCGUUCGCAACUUGCUUCGAGAUGUCGCGAAAAGGGCAGGAACAAACGUCCUCUCUGCCGUUGAUUACCUCGAUGACGGAUCUCCGAUCCAACUGCGAGUCGAAAUUGAUGAAACCGAGGGCUCAGCUGUCCUUGAUUUCGAGGGAACAGGGUGUGAGGUCCGAGGAAACCUGAAUGCACCCAUAUCUGUCGUUCACUCAGCUGUCAUCUACUGCAUGCGCUCAAUGCUCGAUCUGGACAUCCCGCUUAAUGCGGGAUGCCUGGUCCCUCUUACAGUGAAAAUCCCGAAGAAGUCACUCCUCUCGCCUUCUCGUACAGCUGCCGUGUGCGGAGGCAAUGUUUUAACUUCGCAGCGUAUCGUCGAUGUGGUUUUGAAAGCUUUCCAUGCUGCCGCUGCCAGCCAAGGUUGUACCAACAACCUGACAUUUGGUGCGGGAGGGAAAGAUAAAGAUGGGAAGAAUGUCACUGGGUGGGGAUACUACGAGACCAUUGCAGGUGGCUCUGGAGCCGGCCCUUCAUGGCAUGGUACAGACGGCGUGCACACUCACAUUACCAACACACGAAUCGGGGAUGUUGAAAUCCUCGAACGAAGAUACCCCGUUAUGAUCCAUCAGUUCGGAUUGCGUCAGGGAUCAGCUGGAGUUGGAAAGUGGCACGGAGGCGAGGGAGUUGUUCGAGAGAUCGAAUUCUUGGAACCAUUGCAAGUCUCGAUAUUGUCUGAGCGCAGGACACGGCAACCUUAUGGUAUGGAAGGUGGAGGUCCGGGCGGCUUCGGGCGUAACACCUGGAUUAAGCAGUGUCGCGAAGAAGACGGAGAUCUUGAUCCUCUCAACCCCACACUAGUGACCCGCGAAAUUAACAUUGGAGGUAAAGCGACUGUAUGGAUGGGGGCUGGGGACAGGUUGAAGAUCGAAACGCCCGGUGGAGGGGCGUGGGGCAAGUGCGAGGGAACGGUCAAAGGGCGAGGGGAGCAUGUCCCUGCAUGGGAACCCAGGGGCUCAGUUGCGGAGAGGGCUGCCGCUCAAGCUGCAUUCUGAAUUUAGUGCUGUACGAGAUAGGGAAGCGCAGGACCUUGGCUCGUAGGCCGUGGUAUUUUUGUAAGGUUGUUUUGACGUUCUACCUCGAACGCCAGUUUUCCAUAUCCAGCAGACGUACCACGCGAAGAUAAAAC